AAAUGUCGAAUUGAGUUGUGGGAAAUAAUUUGGUUUGAUUUAUUAAAGUGUAAAUAAUCACAAUGAAUACCAUCGUAAGUGAACUUAGUAUGAACGACUUAAACAACAAAUUCUUUGAAAUAAUGCAAAGCGAAAGCAAUGCCGAAAACGCAGCCAAUUUUAUUUACGAUAGUGUACUCGACGAUGUCGCGAUUGGAUUUAUUUUCGAGUUCCACCAUGGCCUGAAAACUGGGUUGACGGAUUUAUUAGAAGGAGAGAAAGAAGACGAAGAGCCCUAUAAAAUUAUAAACUCGCCAGAAUGCGAUGUGUUUGGAUUUUCCGUGUUAAAAAAGACUGCAGAUAGUAACUGUUCUUGUCCGAAUUGUGAGAGGCCCGUGUCUGCUACUAGGUUCGCUCCGCAUUUGGAAAAAUGCAUGGGAAUGGGUCGCAACAGCUCCCGCAUUGCGUCGCGCCGCAUAGCCUCAAACAGCCGCGAGCCAACCUCAUACGCCGGACUCCUCAGUGACGACGAAGAUGAUGCAGACUGGGCUGGGGGCUCCCUGCAAAAUGAACGCAGGAAGAGAAGGAUUAAGAACAAUAAUAAUAGGAAGCCUAAUAAACUUCAUAAUGGCAACAACAGGAAUAAUGGAAAUCAGAACUCUGACUCUAAUGACGGUGUUACCUAUGACACAAUGACUGCCAAUGACAAGAAAACCUUACUGCUGCAGAUUUGUGGUGUGGUGUCUGAACACACAAAAAAAUUGUGCACUAGAUCUACCAGAUGCCCUCAACACACCGAGGAACAACGCCGGGCGCUCCGCAACACCGUGCUCGAGCCCUCGACCCCCGAGAGCGGCCUCGGCGCCGACGACGCGGGCUCCCCGCCCGACUCCAGCCCCUCCUCCUCCUGUUCCUCGUCGAGUCGCAAGAGGGACCGCCACCGGGCGCCACCGAAACCUAAGAAUAAGAGGGAGAGAAUGUCACCUAACGGUAGGGAAUAGACUUGUGCCAAUAUUGGGUUAGGAUGCUUAUGUU